CCAUGCUUCGAUAUAUUCUACUUCUCGCCGUUUGCGUUAUUGCAAUUCAGGCUCGAUCACCACUAAUUGACAAAUGCAGUAAUAAGCCACUAUGCAUGAUGUUAUGUAAAUACGGUAACCACGUCGACCAAGAUGGAUGUGCUAUUUGUAAAUGCAAACAACCUCCUCACUGCCUAAAUGUUAUGUGUGCUAUGUAUUGUGAACACGGCUUUAGAGUUGGAGCUGAUGGAUGUCAAACUUGUAAAUGCAAGCAGCCACCUCACUGUCAGCCUGUGAGAUGUAAAAUGUUCUGUGACCAUGGGUUUAAAGUUGGUGCUGACGGAUGUGAGAUUUGUCAAUGCAACAAACCACCUCGAGCUGGGUAAGCAUCCAAAAGAUGAUGGACAGAGUGCAUGUAUACAGUAACUAAUGACAAAGACUUUGAGCGGAUAUGCAUUCAAUAAAAAAUAUUAAAGUUUA